GUGUCAUAUCUCUCAUUAAGGAAAAACCUUCUUUCUGGACCAUUACCAGUAAACAUCUUCCAACGUAUGAAAAAAUUGGUCACCCUAGAUCUUGCAGGGAACUUUCUAAAUGGUAGUAUCCCCUCAUUGACCAUUGGGCCGACGGGUUUGUGGUUUGUUGAUUUAUAGAACAAUCUUUUAUUUGGAAACAUCCCCAGGCAUUGGAUGAGUAUGCAAAAUUUAGAGGCCAUUGAUCUGUCGGGAAACAAUCUAUUGGGUAACAUCCCAACCUCAUUGUGCUCACUACCUACUCUUAAUUAGCUGCAACUAAGCUACAACAAUUUUUCUGGAGAUCUCUUUUCCACCUUGCAAAACUGCUCGAGCUUAUAUGCACUUGAUGUUGGAGGUAAUAGAUUCUCAGGGACUUUGCCAAAAUGGAUUGGAAAAAGGCUACCUUCAAUAUCAGAAUUGCGCCUACGAGGAAACAUGCUCUCAGGACCCAUUUUGGAACAAUUGUGUUUUCUCGCUCAUCUACAUGUUUUGGACUUCGCACAUAAUAAUUUUUCAGGAUCUAUCCCUACUUGUUUGGGCAAUUUGGCUGGUUUGAAAUCUUUGGUCGAAUAUUCUACAUCACCAAUCCGAAGUCUCCUUCUUCCACUAACCUACUUGGAGCAUAUGGAUUUGACUGCAAAGGGUGCCCAACGUGAAUAUUACAGCCAAAUUUUCUUGAUGAAUAGUAUAGAUCUUUCAAGAAACAAUCUAACUGGAGAGAUUCCAGAAGCACUAACAAAGCUCUCAUUACUAUUUACCUUAAAUUUGUCAUGGAAUCAAUUGACUGGAAAGAUACCAGAGAAUAUGGGAGCAUUGCAUGGUUUAGAAACUCUUGACCUCUCAUGCAACCAUCUUUUAGGUCCCAUUCCUCCAAGUAUGUCUUCUUUGACUUUUUUAAGUCAUUUGAACUUGUCAUAUAACAACUUGUCUGGACCUAUUCCAUCAGCCAACCAAUUUCAAACUUUCAUUGAUCCGUCCAUUUAUGAGGGUAACCCACAACUUUGCGGGCCUCCAUUGAUAACAAAUUGCUCAUUAUUGCCAAGUGAUGGGGAUACAGAAGCUGUAGAUGAAGACAAUGAGGAAUUCAGUUCUGAAAAGUUAUGGUUCUAUGUAAGUGUUGUUUUGGGGUUCAUUGUGGGAUUUUGGAUUGUUUGCGGUAGUUUGGUGAUAAAGAAGUCUUGGAGACAUGCUUACUUCAAUUUUGUUGAUGACAAGAAAGAUAGGUUUUUUGUGGCUGUCAAAGUUAAUAUGGCUCGUUUGCAAGGGAAGAUUGAAGCAUAGAGACGCAAAGAUUGAAGUUAUGCUUCAUUAUCAGGUGGAAGUCUCAGUAUUUGGAGAUCCUAUGAUUUACAGUACGUGUUUCUUCAGUUCAUGCAUGUGGAGAAGUACUUUGUUAGAGAUUAAGUUAUGUUAGUUUGUUUAUUGUAACAAAGAUAGUUGUGUAGUUGUAUCAAUGGAAAAGCUCAGGCGUGGUAUUUUGAUUAGUAUAAAUAGAUAGCUCACUAUAAUUAAUGAAGAGUAAUUAGUUGUAUAA